AUGGAGGCAAACGCAGUUCGUUCACAGGUAGGAGUAUACUAUGGCUCGUACCUGCAGUUGGACUCUUUGCUCAACUGCCAGCAACUGGAGAGUGCCAAGGUUGGAAAGCCUGCUCAUGAGGAGAUGUUGUUCAUCGUCAUCCAUCAGGCCUAUGAACUGUGGUUCAAGCAGAUUAUCCACGAAAUCGACUCUGUCAGAGAGAUGAUGUCGCACGCUUCACCGGAGCGCUACAAUGGCAUCAUUGUCAACCGUCUGGGUCGUGUCACGCAGAUCCAGAAGUUGCUCGUUGAGCAGAUCAACAUCCUUGAGACCAUGACCGGUCUUGACUUCCUCGAGUUCCGCAACCUGCUUGUGCCCGCCAGUGGCUUCCAAUCGGUGCAAUUCCGUGUAAUCGAGAACAAACUGGGCAUCAUUCCCGACAACCGUGUGCAAUACCAACAGCAUCACUACCAUACCUUCUUCACCGAGAGCGACAGGAACCGUUUGGCCGACUCAGAGAAGGAGACCUCACUGCUAUCCUACGUCAUCAAGUGGCUCGAGCGCAACCCAUUCCUUAACUACGAGGGCUACAACUUUUGGGAGUCCUACAAGCAUGCCGUUGAUAAGAUCUUGGAGCGUGAUCUUGAGCGUAUCAGGAACAACUCCAACCUAACCGAGGACAUCAAAGAGCAAAACUACAAGGAGGUCCACAAGAACAUGGAUUCCUUCAAGACUCUGUUCAACGAGGAGCUCUACAAUGAGAGAUUGGAAAAGUUCGAGGUUAGACUGACCUACAAAGCACUUCAGUCAGCAUUGUUCAUUUACUUGUACAAAGACGAACCCAUCUUCCACACACCCUUCCUGAUUCUUAAUUUGUUGACAGAGGUCGAUGAGCUGUUGGGAAUGUGGAGGUACCGCCAUACCAUGAUGGUGCAGAGAAUGAUUGGUGUAAAGAUAGGCACUGGUGGUUCCUCUGGAUACCAUUACCUUCGCACGACUAUCGGUGAUCGCUACAAGAUCUUCUUGGAUCUGUUCAACCUCUCCAGUUAUCUGAUCCCCAGGAACACUUUGCCUGCUCUGCCCAAGGAGGUCAGUGCCAAGAUGGACUUUGCUUGGACGAUGUAG